UCGCCCCGCCCCCUCGCGCGCGCUCUGUCCCAGUCGUUCCCUGCAGUUAUGGCUGCCCCAGUCGCUCCUCUCGAUGAAGACUGGGAGGAUUUUAACGAAUUCAAAGCGGCCGAUUCGACCACCAGCUGGACCGCGGAACCGGAGAAUUCCCCGCAGAUCCAAAGUUUCGCAUCCUUCGACGAGACGCUGAGCGCGAGCUUCCCUGACUCGAGUAGCGCGUUCACGAGCGUCUCUGUGCGCGCCGUGAGCGAGCACGAGCUGCUGCGCGACGACGAGAUAUGGAAUGCUCUGACGGAGAACUACGGCAACGUGAUGCCAGUGGACUGGAAAACCUCUCACACUCGUUCACUACACCUGCCCACACUGAACCUCCGACCUCAGGAGACGACGGAAGUUCGUAAUCUUGACGUUUCUGAUGACGAGGAGCUCAGGGAUCAGAUGGACAUGCACACGAUCAUCAUCUCCUGUGUGAACGAGGAGCCGCUGUUUACUGCAGAACAGGUGAUAGAGGAGAUUGAAGAGAUCAUGCAGGAGUCUCCAGAUGACGAGGAACACGAGAGUCCAUCUCAGUUUGACCUCUCCAUGAUGUCGCAUGAGUUACACACACUCACACACUCUACAUCCAGAAGCAGCUGCGAGGAACGGUUGCGUGGUCUGUGUGUGUCCGAGCUGCUGGAGCGUCUCGAGGAGGUGGAGCGUCAGAUCCGGGGUUUCUCAGAGGAGCUCAUCGAUCAGCUGGCAGUCAGGGAGGAGCAGGAAUAUGAGAAGGAGGUGAAGAACACGUUCAUCUCGGCUCUAAUCGACGUGCAGAACCGACAGAAAGAGCAUCGAGAGCUGCUGAAGAAGAAGAGGAAGAUAAAGCCCACAGGAGGAGUGCAGAGAUCCGACCGCUCGUAUGUGCCAGGAACCUAUUUGACGACGGUGAUCCCGUAUGACAGGAGCAGCGGAGCACCGUCUGUGGAAGACCUGCAGAUCCUGACCAAGAUUCUUCAUGCCAUGCGUGAGGACAGUGCCACGGUUCCUGCUCUUCUGACAGACUACAUCCUCAAAGCACUGGUGUGAGAGAUCAGGAGACAGAGUGUUGUGUCCCACAUAGAGUUUCCAGAGCAGAAAACCAGCCAAUCGCAUCGGGACAUUGGACAUCUGGUCAUCUGCAUCUCUCCAGAUGCUUUUCUUCUCUAAUAAUGCACAGAAUUGACCCCGCCAGUGGCAUUUAUUUCUCAGUCUGAAUGUGUAGAUGUUAUUGUGUGUGUGAGCUUGAGUGCAGUAUUUAGUUUAUUUCAUAUUUCAGUCAUGUUUCCUCUGUUGUAGUAGAUAUCUUUUCAUCACAGUGUAGCUGUCGCAACUCAUGCAUGUUUGCAUCAUAUUCGGAAGAGUUUGUUGUAGUGCAGAUCUAGAUCUUUUGGUCUUUUCAUUAGAUGAAAUGAGUUUUCAGGAAGUUUUGAGCUGCUUCUUAUGAUUUGAACGAAACUUUACAGCAAAGACAGGUGAAAAUAUAUGUUCAGGUCAUUUAUGUAGCUGUAAAAUCAUAUCAGAAUGAACUGAUUGAGAGGUACUGAUAACAGAAUGAUAAUAUUUGAUUUCACUGCCACAUACUAAAUGGUCUUUGUUGUGUUUGGCCAGCUUUAGGGUUUGUGCUUCUAACAUCUCUAUGACAGUAUUAAUAUUCAGAUGAUGAGGAGCGAACGGCACGUGUGUUUGCUGCCAUUUGAAGUGAAAUCUGUGAUAAUGUGAGAUAUCAACAGUGGAGGAAGGACAAGGUACGAAGAGCUAAAACACUCAUAAAGAGAUAAACACGUCUGUUUGUCUUCACCGAGGUCGUGCAACAAGAUUGAAUGAUUGUCUCUGGUUUAUUAGGUGAUAUUUUUGAAUGUGUGACUAAAAGCUGAAUGUUGUUUUUUGAUGGAGAGAUUGAGUUUAUAUGUGUGUUCCCACAGAUGCACAACCUUAAAGGAUUGUUUCACACCAAGUUAAAAAUCUGUCAUGUCGUUCCAAACCUUUAUUUCUUCUGUGGAAAGGUCAAGAAUAUCCCAGCAUCAUAGAAGAAUCAUGUGCCAUAUUCCAAAUCUUCUGAAGUCAUUUGAUAGCUGUUCACGAAAGAAAGGGAUACAGGUUUGGAACGACAUUUUUUGAGUGAACUAGUCCUUUAAACUCAGGUAGCAGUUUCUGCACGUGAGGACGAGCACAUCUCGCGUCUCGGUCUAAAUCAGUGUGUUCUGAGGGGGAACUUUCAACACUUACAGGAUGUGUUCAUUUGUUCCAUCAGUCAGUUGCGUGCCGUUUUAUGUUAAUGCAAGUAAAGCACUUGACUGUCUCGUGUCCCAGAUGAACAUGCAUCCUCGCAUUAAAAGGGUCCAUGUUGUUUUUAUGCUCGUAAAGCAUUCAGAACGAAAAAGUCGUUUCACGCACUUUCAAUUGAUCUAAAAGGGAACGGUUUUGCAUAAAAUAUUGAACUACAGCUCGUUUGUGUCGUCAGGUUGUCGUGGCCUGAUUCUGAGGAACAUUAGCACAGUAAAUCAGGGUACACGUACCAUAAUAACUAGAGAUUAUAUAUUUAUACAAGCAAUAAUGAAACGCUGCCUUUUUGAAUUCAUCAAAUUUUGUACCUUAUUUUUAAUGCAACAUUAAUGGUCCUUUUGAAUUAGUAUUUUAUAAUGCAUUGUAUGUAGCAGGGCAGUUUUCAAAUAAAAGCAUAUGUUCUGUUCAUCAAA